AUGAAUUUCAGCAAGAUAUGUUUCUCCAAAGUUGGUGAAGUAUUAAAAAAUGGAAACAGUGGAGUGAACAUACAACAAGGAGCAAAUAAUUUGAUUCAUGGGAAGAAAUUAAUUUAUAUUAGUAAACCAACCCAUGGAGGUUUUAUAUAUUGGAAAUGUAGAGAAUUGAUACAUACACUAAAAAAGAAAACAAAAAGGUGUACAAGGUAUUUGGAUAUUAAUCAUGAUUUCUCAAGAGCAGCUUUAGUAGGUGUACCCAAGACAAGCUAUGAUCCAAAAAAUAAUAUUUUCUAUAUUCAAAUGGAUAAUGAAGAAUGGGCAGGCAUUGGGAGCAAGAUGAUGUUAAACAUAUCGAUGAAUAUUUUGUUUUACCUUCAUAUAUCUUUCUGGAUUUAUUUCAUAUACUAUAGGAUGUUGGUAAAUAACAAAACAAAUGUUUUUAGCAAAUGGAAGACUAACGAAUAA